CAGCUGAUCUCUCCUCUCCGCCUGCCCCCGCCUCCUCCCUUCCCUCGACUACAGCUCAGCCAUCGUCAGCACGGCCUCAUACCGCCAGCGCCACCGUCCUCUGCUCGGACGGCAUCCCACCAGAGCUAGAACAAAAGGUGGCCUCCGUGAUCCGUGCACCUGCCGCGUUUGUGCUUUUUCCCCGGUAAAGGGACCGGGGGGCUGGGGGGAAUGAGAAGCCCCCACUCCCCGUGCCAGACCGUUUAUCCGUAAGGAUCACCGUCCAGGAUGCUUCUGCUUCCGAGAUCCAGCGAACGGCGAGCCGGGGCCUCGCUGCUGCACGGGCUUCUCUGCGCGGUUCUUGCCGUAUCCAGCGCCAGUGCGCGAGUGAAGCGAUGCCCCGAGCCGCUGGACUGCGCGAUCCAGAAACGCCAAUUCUGCCCGCCCGGCGCAUCCCACUGCGGCCCCUGCCUCACCCCAUUGGUGGAGAACAGUAAAGGCAUCUGCAUCAACUGGAAGAACCAUGUCCGCUCUGACAUUCACCCGGCUGCCGAGCCUGAGCUGGAUGACGAGAUCGAUGCCCUGUCCUCCAUUCUUGCCAAGGAGCAGCAGUUGAACAUACUGGAGACUAAAGUGAAAUCAAGCAAGUCUCCAUUACAUGAGACAACACCCGCCCAGAAUUCAACCAUGACGCCCAGCGCCCCCCACGCCCCGACCCCCCGCGCUUUGACGAGGGCCGGCGGGCCCAUGGUCGCUCCUCACCCCUCCCGGGACACGCUGCUGAUCAUCAUGAUCUCCGUCUGCAUCAUCUUCGGAACCGUGGCCUUGAUCCUCGCGGCUGUCUGUUUGGUCCGUCUCCAGAGGGGCUUGCGACUGGCCCAGAAAGUGGACUAUCCGGCUUACGGCAUGAUGGGGCCCAACCACUCCGAUGGAACCUUGCCCGGGGAUAAGAACCUGGCUCAGAGCGCUCAGAUGUACCACUACCAGCAUCAGAAGCAGCAGAUGCUGUCGAUGGACAAGCACAAAGACGAGACCAAGAUUCCAGACUCAGGGACCACGUCUGAUGAGGAAAACGAAGACGGCGAUUUCACAGUAUACGAGUGUCCCGGAUUAGCUCCCACUGGGGAGAUGGAGGUGAAGAAUCCCCUGUUUGACGACUACGGUGUGAAUCCCCAGCGGAGACACAAGUAAACCUGUAAACUACACACACACACACACACACACACACACUUUCCUACUCCUGUGAUGCCUACCAAAUACCCCGUCAUACCAGCCUAUGAAAACGGACAGAGGAAUGCCAACAAAAGAAGUGUAAACGAGGAGGAGCAAGCAGGGGACAUGCUGCCCUCUGUGGCCAUUCUGUAGAACUGCCACACAAAUCAAGCAGCUGAUUGGACAAUCUUUUCUCUGACACUGGUCAUUGCCAGGCAUCUGAUGUAUCAACACAGUCUUUAGUUUAAUUUCUGUCUAUCUGCUGAUUAACUUCAGGCUUUGUAUCCCCCCCCCAUAUCUACAUGAUAUUACCUCUCUUAGGUUUUAUUAGAAUCCUGAUUGUUAAUCUUUUUUUGUAUUUAAACAGUCAGCUAGCUGAUGUUGCUUUUGUCCACCUCUCCUUGCUCUUAGCCUGUAAACGUUGCAUUAUUUUAAUAUGUAUAUCAACAGCACCGUCGCCGACCUGUCGAGCAGGAACCUUCCCAGUGUCUCCGCCCUCACACGUUAAUUGCUAAAUGUCGGUUUCAUGUAUUACCACCUGCCCCCCCCUCCCCAAUCAUCCUCUUCCUACACACUGACACACCCUUUGAGAGGCAAGGAUGUGUAUAUUCCAUCCCCCCCCCCGCCCCAUGAGAGACAAAACCACCAUACCAGAAACUGGUCAAUCAGGGGAAACCUGGCUAAGGAAUGUUUGACCCCAGUGAAAUGCAGAUGUGACCAGCACCCAAAGGUGACCCCCCCCCUUUUGUUUCUCCCUUUUAUCUAUGCCCCUGAUCUGGUAUAGGUCCUGUUAAGGGUUUUUUUUUCUGACAAUAAUGACAUUGCCCUUUAAAUCCUCAUAGCUGAUCCACAUCCUUAUUAAUCUGUAAAACUCGGAUAUUUAAGCUGCUUUCCUGGACCAGAUUUAUAGAAGCCGGGGACACGUUUCCCCCCCAACCUGCUGAAAAUAUGAUGGGAAAAUACAUUAAAGUAAAUAAAUAUUUUUUUGCUGCAAAUUAGACUUAAAGAGAUUUGAUUAAUGGGUUAGAUUCUCAUGGAGCCUCACAGGGUGACAGGGUGCUGUGAAAAGCUUCUAUUUUAUUUUUUAUUUUGUUUUGUUUAUGAUCUCUAGGGCAGAUUCAGCACAAGCUUCAGCCUUUCCUGUGCUGCACCCUAAAAGCUGACCGAUAAUUCCACCCCCCCACCCAUACAUUAGUAAUAUGAACAGGUGAGCAUCAGUCUGGCUGUUCCUGCACUUUAAGGCACGAUAUAAUUUAAUAAAUAAAAGUAUUACGUCCUGAUUUUAAUAACAAUGUAAAUGUGUACAGGGGCUCCUCAUGAGCAGUGCACAGCUGCGAUCGACGUAAUCCUGAUACUUUUAUCACCAACUUGUGUCGGCUGUAUUUGAUAGGACUGCAGCCUUGACGUACAGGUAGCGUAGCGAAUGGGAGUUUGACCUGCGCCGUAAAGGUGGGCGGUGCUAGGCUGGGUUUCUGUGCUGGUGAUGUACGAACCAUGAACUGGCUACAAUGGCACAGUGAGUUGUGGUCAUGGCGGAAGCUUUUCACCUGCAAACAUUAGUGGUCCUUUCCCAAUCCUGGGGGGCGACAGGUGGGACUCCAGCUCAGUUCUCCCCCCACCCAAUACCAGAAGAUUAGAUGCCUCAUACCAUUAUCUACACACUGUUCACGAGAACAUCUAUGAAAGUCCUUCCAGUGGCUUAUUUCCUGGUGUGAAUUCUGUAAACCACAUCCUGUCAGGUCUCUGGCGUCUCACUCUCCAGUCCUCCAAGAUGGAUUCUGAACUCUUUAUAUUUUUAAUAGCACAGACCUGGAAUGCUGUUCUUUCUUUGUGAAUUGCAAUGCUGUUGAAUUUUCAUGCUUAACAAAUCAGUUGUGAGACCGGCCGGGUUGUUUGUCUUUAUCACUACUUUUUUCCCUAGAAUUAUUGCUUUUAAAAGGUUCCUUUGUAGAAACCUGUACUCUGGAAAUUGCGCAUCAAAAGUUACCCAACAUGUCAAUGGAGCCAAAUUGAUCUUUAAAAAGUGUCUCUGCCUGUCUGUAUGUAAUUUCUGUUUCUUGGGGGUGGAUUGAUAAUCACGCUGGUUAUCUUAAAGUAUGUGCAUCAAAUUCCUUUUUCUGCCUCCCCCAGCCCAAAAUCAUUUAUUUUAUUUAAUUUUGUUUAAAAAAGGACCUCCCACUGGUCCCCCCCCCCCCCCCCGACCUGCUAUGGGCCAUUUAACAGUUCUGUAUUGGCUGCAUAAGGUGAGUUAGCGGUGGAGGGGUGGGGGUGGGGUGGGGGGUGGUGUCACAAUGGAGACCAAGCUGGGCCGUUAAAGCCUUUGUCCUGCUGGAUGGUGGGAGGAAAGUGGCCGUCAGCCUAUUGAUUAAGGCAGACAGCUGCCGUUGGUGUUGAGCCCCAAGCGUCAGAACCUCACCAGCUCACUUCGGGCUGGGGGGGGGGGGCAUGUGUGCCCCAGCAUACGGAUUGGGAGGAGCAACAGCUUUACAGCGGGCCUCAAACUUGCCCAGGACCAUAUUCGGGCCCUGACCCAACACCUGACAUCCCAUCGUGCACCAUAGUAACCAAGUUGUGCCCCUCAGGACAGACGCGCUGUGCAUGGCUCCCAACGAGGCCCUGAACACCAAAGCUUGGAGCCUCUUUUUACUGUGACGGUUUGACCUGCAUGUGAAUAUUCCAGUUUAAAACGAAUUAAAGCAUUUAUACAACAAUA